AUGGACAAUGAUUUAUUUAAUUCAAUAAAAGGGGAAGCCAUAAUCGAAGAAAUUGAGUCAGUUUUUAAAAAAAAAUUGGAGUUGCAAGAUCACAAACUUUCCAUUAAAGAAUUGGUAAAAAAAUAUGAAACCAACCUUGUAAAAGGUUUGACCAGUGUCAGAGCAGCAGAGCUCCUGGCUCGGCAUGGUCCCAAUGUACUCACACCUCCCAAACAGACCCCUGAGAUAGUCAAGUUCUUGAAGCAAAUGAUUGGUGGAUUCUCCCUUCUGCUUUGGGUCGGAGCUGUACUUUGCUGGAUUGCUUAUGCCAUUCAAUUAGGAGAAGGCAAUCAUUCGGCCAAAGACAAUUUAUAUUUAGGUGUUGUACUUGCUGGAGUUGUCAUCCUCACUGGCUGCUUUGCCUACUACCAGGAAGCAAAGAGCACCAAUAUCAUGGCAAGCUUCCAUCAGAUGGUUCCCCAGCAAGCUCUUGUUAUUCGAGAUGGUGAGAAGCAACUGAUUACAGCAGAUAAACUGGUUGUUGGUGACAUUGUGCAGAUUAAAGCUGGUGACAGAAUUCCGGCAGAUCUCCGCCUCCUCUCUGUCCAGGGCUGCAAGGUGGAUAACUCCAGCCUGACUGGUGAGUCUGAAGCACAAUCUCGUUCCACUGAAUAUACACAUGAGAACAUACUUGAAACAAAGAAUAUUGGGUUCUACUCCACCACCUGUCUUGAAGGCACAGCUACUGGCAUGGUGAUAAGCACAGGAGAUCAAACUAUGAUUGGAGCGAUUGCAUCUCUUGCAUCAGGAGUACAUAAUGUGAAGACUCCCAUCGCCAUUGAAAUUGAACACUUUGUCUGCAUUGUAACCAUAUUGGCUGUGUCUGUUGGAGUGGUGUUUUUCAUCCUGGCAUUGACUCUGGGGUACAAACUGCUCGAUUCCAUCAUCUUCCUGAUUGGCAUCAUUGUUGCUAAUGUUCCUGAAGGCCUUCUGGCCACCCUCACUGUUAGUCUCACCCUGACAGCCAAGAGAAUGGCCAAGAAGAAUUGCCUGGUAAAGAACCUGGAGGCUGUUGAGACUCUGGGAUCCACAUCUGUUAUCUGCUCUGAUAAGACAGGGACUCUUACCCAGAAUCGAAUGACUGUAGCACAUCUUUGGUUUGAUAAUCAAAACCAUAUAGCAGAUACCAGUGAAGAACAGGCAGUUCAGAGCUUUGACCAAACUUCACAAACGUGGACAGCUCUGGCCAAGAUUAUCGCACUCUGUAAUCGAGCAGAAUUUGCACCGGGGCAGGAGGAUAUCCCAAUUAUGAAGCGAGAAGUGGUUGGAGAUGCCUCUGAAAGUGCUCUUCUGAAGUUCUCUGAAACUGUAUUUGGUAAUGUGAUGGAAUUCAGGGAGGAGAAUACCAAAAUAUUUGAGAUACCAUUCAAUUCAACCAACAAAUUUCAGCUGUCUAUUCAUAGGACCAACAAUCCAUAUGAUAAACGUCUCCUCUUAGUGAUGAAGGGAGCACCAGAGCGCAUCUUGGAGUCUUGUUCCACCAUAAUGUCUCAGGGUAGAGAGGUUGCACUGGAUGAUGGCGAGAUAGAAGUCAUUCAGACGGCUUAUCUUGAACUUGGAGGGUUGGGGGAGAGAGUUCUAGGAUUUUGUCAUCAAUAUUUGCCAAAAGACAAAUAUCCAGAUUUGUACAUAUUUGACGCAGAUAGCAGGAAUUUCCCAAUCUCCAACUUAUGCUUCGUUGGUCUCCUGUCUCUAAUUGAUCCACCCCGCUCGAGUGUGCCAGAUGCUGUUCUAAAAUGCAGAAGUGCAGGAAUCAAAGUCAUUAUGAUCUCUGGUGAUCACCCAAUCACGGCAAUGGCUAUAGCAAGGAGUACUGGCAUUAUCUCAGCUGGUAGUGAGACAGUGGAAGACAUUGCAAAGCGCCUUAAUAUCUCCAUCACCCAAGUGAAUAAAAGGGAUGCCAAAGCUGCUGUGAUAAACGGUUCAGAUUUCCAAGACAUGGACCCUGAAUUCUUGGAUGACAUUUUGAGGAGUCACAGUGAAAUUGUAUUUGCCAGGACAUCACCUCAACAGAAAUUAAUUAUCGUUGAGGCCUGCCAAAGACAGGGAUCCAUCGUGGCAGUUACAGGAGAUGGUGUCAAUGACUCACCAGCUCUGAAGAAGGCAGACAUUGGAAUAGCUAUGGGGAUUGUGGGGUCAGAUGCAGCCAAAAAUGCAGCAGACAUGAUUCUUUUGGAUGAUAACUUUGCCUCAAUAGUUACUGGAGUGGAAGAAGGCCGUCUGAUUUUUGACAAUCUGAAGAAGGCAAUCGCCUACACCUUAACCAAGAACAUGGCUGAAUUGUGUCCAUUCCUUGUGUACGUUGUUGCCAGUAUACCGCUCCCCAUCGGUACUAUUACCAUCCUCCUCAUUGACUUGGGUACAGAUAUUAUCCCAUCGAUUUCAUUGGCCUAUGAGAAAGCUGAAAGAGAUAUAAUGGAUGUCCAACCCCGAAACCCCAACAAAGAUCGGCUGGUGAACUUGCAGCUUGCGUCAUAUUCAUAUCUACAAGUUGGUGUGACACAGUCAGUUGGAGGAUUUCUUUGUUACUUCACUGUCUUGGCAGACCAAGGUUGGCUUCCUUCAAGGGUUCUUGGCAUACGUUUAACUUGGGAAGAUGCCACUAAUAAUGACGUUGAAGACAGCUAUGGACAAGAAUGGACCUAUCAACAGAGACUGUACAUGGAGUGGACCUGCUACACGGCUUUCUUUGUUGGAAUUGUCAUAGAACAGCUUGCUGACUUAAUCAUUCGUAAAACCAGGCGGAACUCCAUUUUCCAACAGGGUAUAUUUGGAAAUAAAGUGCUCUGGCUAGGCCUCCUCUCUCAGGUUGGCAUAGCUCUUCUGUUUUGUUAUUGCCCAGGGAUGCAAAGCAGCCUUCACUUCACCCCUCUUAGGGUUCAGUACUGGUUUGUGGUUGCACCUUUUGCAAUUUUAAUUUUUGUGUACGAUGAAAUCCGUAAAUUCUUCAUUCGCAGGUACCCUGGAAGUUGGUGGGACAAAAACAUGUACUAUUGAAAACCAACUAUAUGCAACCCCUUCACCAACGG